AGUAUUUUGUAUUCCUUUCUAACCAAUAAAGGAACCAGACUAUGCGCCAACUAUCUAAAACAGGGCUGAAGCGACAGAGUCUUAGUUCGGACUGCUCCUACAGAAUCGACGUUAUUUAUCUCGCAAACCCUUUUAAGAUGGCACCCGCUGAAGUCAGUCAUACACCAAACCUCUCCACAACCAGAAGAAUGAAUAGUCAAGACGAAAAAUACGCUCACGAUCUUGCCUGCGACUAUAUUUACUUCCACAAAUUGGGAAUGGAGUCGCACAAAGCUAACACAAGAGUUGCUGCAAUUUUGCGGAGAGUUGGUGGAGAAGUGGAGAGAAGGCAUGAAGUUUUAUUGAAAAAUAUGUGCGAAAGGCUACAUCUUAGAACAGCUAAUGUUGAAGACACUUUUAGAGGCGUCGCAGAGGAAAUUUUCAGCACAGAAAUCAAUUGGGGACGUAUCGUAGUUUUGUACUGCUUUGCCGCUGAAGUUGCUGUAUUUUGCAGCCAAAACGACAUUAAUAUCGUCGACGAUAUUGUAAGAUGGCUUGCUGAAUAUGUCAGCGAGAGAAAACUCAAUGAAUGGAUCAGGAAAUCUGGAGGAUGGGUUAGUGAAAAGCUUUUAAUAUAUGAGAGUCUUAUUCGCGUAAAUUUACGUUUAUGCUAAACCUUGUUCGUUGCCACAUCAAUCGAUUCUCGACACGAUGAGAAAAAAGUAACGAGUAAUUUUUCGGUUUCCUCCUUUUUCCCACCCUGUAUAAACUCAAAAUGGUUAACGGGAAGUUUUGCUAUAGUGAAACGGGAAGAAAAUUUUGGUAAAUUUCGGUUUUUUCCCACGGGAAGUUUCAAUGGAAGCCCAAAGUGACUGGAAAUGUUUGAAUUAUUUAUAAAGGGCAGCUGGUUCUGGAAACCCUUAGUGAUAGAGUCAUCUUAGGUUUAAAAUCAUUCGAGGAAUGUUUGCAGGAAAUAUUUUCAGAAAAAGGCGAUUAUUUCAGGGUUUUGAGACUAUCAUGCUCUCUUUUGUAAAUCCUCAUUCAACACGAAACUAAGUUACGUGCAAUUAUUUCGAGUUAGUGAAAGUUUUGAAUAUUUAUAUUCCCUACGCCUUUUUACCGCAACUUCGUUGUAAGAUUUUGUCGCUGAUAAGCCGAACUGAAUGGCAAAAGAAAAUUAUUGAUAGCGGCCCGAUCGAAAUAUAAAAGUUCCCUUUCUUGCCAGAAACGAUGGAACCACUUUUUUGGUCUUAUAUCACGCGAUAGUCGCUGCUUCCGUUGUUCGUCACGUUGACUUUGCCCAGUCACGUUGAUGGCCUUUGUUCUGUAGUUCAGAUCUCUUACGAAGUACCUAGAUUAAGUACUGAAAGCCAAAAUAGACAGAAAAACAGCGAUUCAGUAUUUUUUCACUAGACUUUGAAGUAUUAAAACCGUUUAUUUUUUUCAGCGGGGUGUAACCAUUCUUCACAUACUUUUUUCAAGGGGCUUUUGUAUUGAGCUUGUGAACAAUGUAAAUGUUUUCCGAGAAUUAGCGGACGCUCUCUUUGAAUUAUUCCCAAGAGGAAAAAACUGAAAUUCCUAAACAGUUUUGGAUUAGAUGCAGCUUUUCAUAACCUUGAUCUUCUGUGGUUGAUAAUUAUAUUUCUUUUUCUGCUUCCUUAUAGUUCCAAACUCAUGAAAAAGUGGCAAAAAAUCCACUGCUUUGAGGGGACUCUGUUCUUAUUUACUUACAGUCAAAGCACAUUAUAGGGCAAAUUUUUCCUUUUGAAACCUGUCUAAUCCUGUCUUUAGCAAAUUCUAUAGCUUUUUUUAUUUAUUUUUAGCCACAAAGUCCAUCAUUGUUUGCUAACAAGCUUUUAACAUUUUUUUCAUAUCAAUAGGAUGCAUUUUGUGAGCAGUUUAAAGAUGUCAAAGCAGAGAGUGAGAAAUUUUGGUGGAACAGUAUUCUUUACACAACGCUGGGUCUUGGAACCCUGGCUGCAAUGUUGUAUGUGAAGAGCUAGACUCAGCUGUGACUUAAUGAUCAGAACAAAAGUUGUGCCUCAUUCCAGGUCAGGAUAUCUAUGGUACCAAUAUGCAUGGGCUUGCGAUUUGCUCCCUGAAAAGCAGAGGUGAAUUAGAGGCUGCAAGAACCAUAGUUGGUCAACUUAGGAUUGUCAAAUAUCACAACAGACAGAAACAUGCUAGACAAGAUUACAACCAUGUUAGUAAUUUAUGUUUGAACUUGUUCCUCUGCAGUGGAACUGUGGGAGUCAGAAAGAAACAGAGAACAUUGAAUUAAACCAAAACCAUCGACAA